AUGACCCCUAGCAGUGGAAUUUUAGAGGCAGGCAUUCUGCUAGACCCUUAUUUUGCAGAGUUGAUUGCGACCCAAGACCAACCAGCUCUACCACCCGGCAUAGAUGUGAUUAGCCUGCGCAACUUCACAAAUGAAGCCAAGAAAGCCGAUCGUGAUGCCCAUGGCCUUCAUCCUGACGUCUCAGAGCAUGACAUCGAGAUCCCUGUACGCGACGGUAGUGCGAUUCUUGCCCGUGUGUAUUGCCCUGCAGAGAAAGUCAUCACCAACAGGACUCUACCCAUUUUAAUUUUUUUCCAUGGUGGUGGGUUUUGUAUUGGCAAUCGUUGUGAUGAUUUCGAGUCCAACCGCGCCAUAGCCCUGAGAAACAAAGCUGUUGUUGUCAGCCCUGAAUACCGCCUCGCUCCAGAGCAUCCUUUUCCAACAGCUGUUCUUGACGGACUUGAUACUAUUCAAUGGGUGGCAGCCAAUGCGAGCAGAAUUCACCGUUACGCCUCGCCUCAUACAGGUCUUCUUGUGGGUGGUACAUCCUCUGGUGGUAAUAUUGCCAAUGCUGUUGUUUAUCUCAACCGCGACCAGGAACACCCAGUCCACGUGACAGGGCAAUUUCUUAGCGUGGCGCCUUUACUUCCAGCCCCUGUCGUCCCAGCAAAAUAUCGUCCAGACUACGUUAGUCUAGAGGAGAAUAAGGAUGUAUCCAUUCCUUCGUCAGACCUAGUGCGUCUCUUUCUAUCCGCCUAUAAGCCUGAUCUGAAUUCCCCUCUGAUGGUUCCCUUUAACCACCCUAAAGGGCACGGCGAUAUCCCUCCAACAUACUUCCAGGUCUGCGGCCUAGAUGUAUUGCGAGAUGAUAGCUUGAUAUAUGAGCAAGUGUUGCGCGAAGAGAAUUCGACUCCUACUCGUCUUGAUUUGUAUCCUGGUCUACCUCAUCACUUCUGGGAAUUUUAUCCGCAAUUGACGCAGCACGUCCAAAGGAGGACCGAAGAUACAGUCAACGGGGUACAGUGGUUACUAGAAGUUGGGAAAUAA